AUGGCUCUUCCCUCCCGGGGUAACCUGCAGCCCCUCCUGUCCGCAGACUGGGCCACGUUUGCCGUGGGCCCGGGCCACGGCAUCCAGCUGCCCUCGGGCCGCCUGCUGGUGCCGGCCUACACCUACCGCGUGGACCGGCGCGAGUGCUUUGGCAAGGUCUGCAGGACCAGUCCCCACGCCUUUGCCUUCUACAGCGACGACCACGGCCAGACCUGGCACCACGGAGGCCUCGUGCCCAACCUGCGCUCCGGCGAGUGCCAGCUGGCUGUGGUGGACGGCGGGCAGGCCGGCAGUGUCCUCUACUGCAAUGCCCGGAGCCCGCUGGGGAGCCGCGUGCAGGCGGUCAGCGAAGACGAGGGUGCCUCCUUCCUCCCUGGGGAACUGGUGCCCGCCCUGGCUGAGACUGCCCGGGGCUGCCAGGGCAGCAUCGUGGGCUUCCCGGCCCCGCCCACCAGCCAGCUUCCAGAUGAGGGGUGGUCAGUGGGCUCCAGGAAGGUCCCCAUCUUUUCAAGCCUCUGUCCUGGAGUCCAGGAACCCCCGGAGGAGGGUGUUGGAGAUACCCAAGGGGGUGGGGUGCUAGGUGGGACAGAGGGAUGUGGCAGCAGCCCCGGGGACCCUGGCCCAGGGCCUGGGCUCAGUGGGAACAUGGCGUUCCUCGGGCCCCCUGCCGCUUCAUCGCAGAGCCCCACGUGGCUGCUGUACUCCCACCCGACGGGGCGCAGAGCUCGGCUCCACAUGGGUGUUCGCCUGAGCAGGUCCCCCCUGGACCCCAACAGCUGGACGGAGCCCUGGGUGAUUUACGAGGGCCCCAGCGGCUACUCUGACCUGGCGUCCAUUGGGCCUACUCCCCAGGGUGCCCUGACCUUCGCCUGCCUGUACGAGAGUGGGGCCAAGGUCUCCUACGAGGAGAUUGCCUUCUGCCUGUUCUCCCUGCAGGAGACCCUGCGGCAGCUGCGGCCUGGCCCCGAGCCCAGCCCCGGGGGCAAGUCCGGGGAGCGCUGCCGGCCAUCCUGA